AUGGUGGACGCGACUACAAUGAAGAAGUCGUCCGCAGUACCAGAGAUUAAACCCCUGGACCAGUACGACUUAAACAGGGCUAAAAUAUGCGCGAGUGUCCGCUGGUUACUGCUCAAGUCCUUUGGAUCUGGAGAGAAUAUUCCGGCAGACUUGCGGGAGCCCCUGUACUCCGACCAGUAUGAACAGGAGCAUCUCAGACCGGGCGUGCUGCGUCUCCUGCUCUCGGCUGAGCUGUACUGUCGCGCUCUCUCCGCCGUCCAGCAGGAGGCGCCACAGCAGUGCGCUGCAGGGGCGCCCAGGGACCACGCCAGUGUGCUGCAUGUCCUGAGUAAACGUGGACUGAGCCCACAGUACCAGGACAGGACCGUGACCGAGACAGAGCUACGCCGCAUACCCCCUCACACGGAAGCCCACUUGGCUGUGAUCGAUGCGAUGAUGUCACUGGCUGCCAUGGAUACCGUGGGGGCUGUAAAGAUGGCAAAGGAGGCGGGGCAGCUGGGAGGCGGGUCCUCCUGGGAGAACUGUCUGCUCUUCUGGGUCAAUAAGGUGAAUCAGAAGAUGAGAGAAAACACAGAGGCAGGGGAGGGUCAGAAACCUCAACCCAGCUCAGAACUCCAACCUGUCCAGCCAUCUUGCCCAACCCGCUGGUACUGGAAGCUUGUGCCUCAUGCCAUCGCUUUUUGUUUGAAGGAGUCGGGGAAUAAACCGCCUGUGAUCCGUUAUAGAAAGGAUAAAGUGCAGUCCAAGCGGACUCCCUCGUUCCCUGUCGUCUCUGGGCUGAAGGAUCUGUCCAGUGGCUGUGCUGUGGCCUCUCUGCUGCACUUCUACUGUCCCCACAUACUCAGGCUGGAGGAUGUGUGUUUGAAAGACACCAUGGCUGUGGCUGACAGUCUACAUAACCUGCAGCUCAUCAGAGAAUUCUGUGACAGCUUUCUGAAAGGGUGCUGCCCCCUAGUGCUGGAGGACCUUCUCUACACUCCACUAACACUGCAGGUUAACAUCAUGUGCUUCGUCGCUGAAUUACUGCGUUGGUUUGAGCUGCAGAAGCCCGACUUCGUCCAGCCCUUACACACACUGGACCUCACAGAUGCCUCUGGGUUGGAGGACUGCAUAAGUCCGGACAAUGGCAAUAGUAACAGUGGCUCCCCGUCCUUUAUCUUCAAGCAGCCGUUCUUGCCUAUUUCCUCUCCAGUUUCCCCCGCAGGAGGGACGGAGGGACGAGGGUGGAGUAAGAAACAGAUCAGUCGCCCCCUGUCUGCGGUGGCGUUCAGCAUCCCUUUCCCUCUGGACAGCGACGUCGAUAUCGUUAUGGGCAACCCUCUGUUCCGGUCCGUCAGCACUGACAGCCUGACCCCUGGGGUUGCCGCGGGAACCGGCUCCACCCCUUACAGUCCGCCGGAGGACCUGAGCCGUCUGAUACACACAGCACCUUUAGGGGAACUGCCCACCAUCGAAGAGGCGCUCCAGAUCAUACACACGGGCCGGGGGGUGCGGACCGAACCACGUCUGCGUCCGGAGGGAGCACCAGAUGGUUUCUACCUUCACUCUCCUGAGGAGAAUGGCUCCAGACUUAGCAGCUCAGCUCCCUGCCGCUCAGGAAUGAUCUACCGACCAAUCGGAAGGGACCUUGAGGCCAGGGAGAUGAGGGGCGGCGGCAGACGGACUUCAGUGGGAUCUCGCGAUGACGAUUCCGUACUUCGCGACGGCAGCGUGGAUUCUGACGCGUCUGAGGAUUACCCAAGAUGCUCUUCCUCGAAUCCCGUCACUCCUGCUAACGGCCCAAAAGUCGGACGGAUGACAAGUUUUGCUGAACGGAGGAAAAGAGUUCCAGAGACGUCCGAAUCAUCUCCAACCACCUCCGCGGUCCCAGGGCUGGAAGAUUUGAUGAGCCCAGGAUUGGGGAGCCCUGUUGGGGCAGCGGAGGCACAGGAACUGGGUGCCAGGCUGGAGGAGAAACGCAGAGCUAUUGAGGCUCAGAAAAGAAGGAUAGAAGCAAUCUUCACCAGACACAGGCAGAGACUGGGAAAGAACGCCUUCCUCCAGCUGAGGAGGGAACAGGGAGAGGGCGGGGCAGCAGAGGAGGCAGAGUCUAUGACAUUGGAGGAGCGACUUACCCGCAUGGAAGAGGAGCUUCGAGUUCAGGAGGAGAAAGACAAGCAGGAGGAGGCGAGCAAACAGAAAGAGGAAAAAGAAAAGGAGAGAGAGAACGGUGGGGAGAAGGAGCGCCCUGGCACAGGUACGCAGGGGGAGAUGAAAGCACCUCCCAAACUGGAGAAGCAAGUGACCUUCUCCGUGGAACCGAGGACAGGCUCGGAGAGAGAGCCUCCUCUGGCUGAAUACAACGAGGCAGUGUCCAAGCUAAGCUCUGUCCUGCAGACGCUGCAGAGGGACAUGCAGCGCCUCACGGAGCAGCAGCAAAGACUCAUGGGAAAAAAAGUUCCUUCCCCUGCCAGAGCCACACCCUCCAAAAGGACAUCAAACCCCAGCAAAGCAUGGGUCAUUCCAGCUGGCCCUAACUCCUCGACCACGCCCACUAAGACGAUGACCACUCCCCCUCGCCUCUCUCGAGAGUCCACCCGUGUGCUCUCGCCUUCAGGCUCCCCUUCCCGCUCGGGACAUGCUCAAAGCACCACGCCCAGAUCUCCUCAAGCUGCCACCUCUUCAUCCACGCCGUCUCGUAAAGCACGGAAUGGCACCCCGAAAAGCCCCAGACACCAGCGCCCCACUCGCCCAUCCGACCUGGGCUUCCCGCCUCUCACGAGGGUCCUGGCCCCUGCUCAAAACGUGGACACCCUUCCUCACCUUCGACGAGUCUCUCCCAGCCAGUGUCAGGUGCAGACAUCCUCAUCCAUCCGACUUGGGGGAGCGCAAACUCCUCAGGGCUGCCCACCACACCCACCGGUGACCCAGGAAAGUGCCUCAGAGUCAGGGUCGAGUGACGACCCCACUCCCUUGUUCUCUCUGGAGCUGGAAGCUGAACCUUCUCAGCCUGGAGGCGCCACUGGGAGCAGCUCAGGCGCUCCAUCCGAAUGUUCGUUUGGCAGUGACGUACUCAACAGCGCUCCUCUGAUGGAAGAGGAGGGGCCCCUAGAGACCGCAGAGGAGACAGAUCAUGAGCAGGGUCCGGAGAUCUUCUCCUCAGACUCCAUGAGUGACCAGACAGAGUCAGAGAGCAAAGGGGGUGUUGGAUUUUACGUUAAGGAGGAGGGUCUCUCUGAGGAGGAGAUGGCCCAGAGGAGAGCAGUGCUGCUGGAGAGACAGCAGCGCAGAGCAGAAGAGAUCAAGAGACGUAGACAGUGGCAUGAUCAAGAGAGAGAAAACGGCUGUUCCUCUUCCUCAGACGAUGUCCGUUCCUCUCAGGUCAUCCCCCCUCUCUCCCAAUCCCUACCUACCUCGUAUACCCCUCCCCCUCCCUCCCAGACCACACCCCCCGCCACACCCCAGAGGCGUGGGGCGUUCACCCGUGCGGAGUACGAGCGGCGGCAGCAGCUGAGGAUCAUGUCUGAUUUGGACAAAGCCCUUAAACAGAAGACAGCCACUGCUCGCACUGCAAAAAAACAACAACAACAACAACAACAACAACGCAGACCCCCCAGCCACCACAGCAACACUACACACACUACACGCAGCCCAGGCAAGCCUGUCGCAGAAUCGAAGCCUGGGAAGACGCACGCAGUCUCCUCACACAGUCCCAGUGCCAGGACACAUCCACUGAAUCCCAAUCAGAUUAACAGUCCUCCGCCUGCAACCAAACCAACAUCCAGUUGCGUUGAUUCGCCCUCACAGCCGAUGUCACCAGGCAGGUUGGCCAAUCAGAAUGGAGAUAGAGACUGGGAGAAUGGUUCCAAUGACUCAUCACCUGCCUCAGGCCCGGAGUACACUGGGCCCAGACUCUUUAAAGAGCCCAGUUUUAAAUCCAACAAAUUCAUCAUUCACAACGCUCUGUCACGCUGCUGUCUGGCAGGCAAGGUUAACGAGGCACAGAAAAACAGGAUCGUAGAGGAGAUGGAAAAAAGCUCAGCCAAUCACUUCCUGAUCCUGCUGCGUGAUGCGAGCUGUCAGUUCAGGGGCGUGUACACUCUCAGUGCCGACUCUGAUGAACUCGUUCGGCUGUGCGGCAUCGGGCCUCGUCUCAUUUCCUCCUCCUGCGUGGAGUCGCUCUAUAAAUACAGUUCGGACAGAAAGCAGUUCAGCACCAUCCCAUCCAAGACCAUGUCCAUGAGUGUGGAUGCCUUCACAGUCCCCGCCCACCUGUGGCACGGCAAGAAACAGGGCACGCCCAAAAAAGCCUCCACGCCCAAAUAG